AUGCCUAGCCUAGGAUUCCUCAAGAAGAAGCGGACGAGGGAGGAGAAGUACGAUCCUGCCUCAAGCCAGCCGACAAGCCCCGUCACACCCGUCACGCCGACCUACCCCAGACCCUUCGACUCGAGCUCCUUCGCCACUAGCAGCCCGGCCAAGUCUGCCAACACGAGCGCGCAGCCUUCGUUGCAUUCAAUAAGUCAAAGUCAAGAGACACCGGCUACUGCUGGUGGAGGGGUUCAGAUGGAUCCGCCAGUCCUCCAUCCCGCUGCUCCCCACGGGAUUCAGCCUACUCCUAGUCCCGGUCAUGCGGGAACACCACAGAGCCUACCAAGCAUCAAUAACUUGAUCAAUCUUCCACAGGUCGAUGGUCACCAUAACACACCCCCACCACAACCACAGCCGCAAGCGCAAGCGAAACCGUCUUCCGAAGUUAGGGUCACGAAAGGCAAAUACUCACUUGGCGACUUCGACCUGUUGCGGACGUUGGGCACGGGUAGUUUUGGACGUGUUCAUCUGGUCCAGUCAAAACACAACCAACGCUACUAUGCCGUCAAGGUAUUGAAGAAGGCACAGGUUGUCAAGAUGAAGCAGGUCGAGCAUACCAACGAUGAGAGACGGAUGCUGGGCGAGGUCAAACACCCGUUCCUCAUCACGCUGUGGGGGACGUUUCAGGAUUCGAGAAACUUGUACAUGGUCAUGGAUUUCGUCGAGGGCGGCGAGCUGUUUUCUCUGCUGAGGAAGUCAGGCCGUUUUCCUAACCCGGUGGCCAAGUUCUACGCCGCAGAAGUGACGCUCGCGUUGGAAUACCUGCACUCGAAAGACAUCAUAUACAGGGACCUGAAGCCCGAAAAUCUCCUACUGGACCGCCACGGACACCUCAAGAUAACAGACUUUGGGUUCGCGAAGCGCGUCCCGGACAAGACGUGGACAUUGUGUGGGACCCCGGACUACCUGGCUCCGGAAGUGGUUUCUAACAAGGGCUACAACAAGUCGGUCGACUGGUGGUCGCUCGGCAUCUUGAUCUACGAGAUGCUGUGCGGCUAUACUCCUUUCUGGGACAGUGGCUCACCAAUGAAGAUAUACGAGAACAUCCUUCGAGGCAAGGUCAAAUAUCCGGCAUACGUCCAUCCCGACGCCCAGGAUCUGCUGGAGCGGCUUAUCACGCCGGAUCUCACCAAGCGGCUCGGCAACUUGUACGGCGGACCACAAGACGUGAAGAGCCAUCCCUGGUUCGCGGAAGUCACAUGGGAUCGGUUAUCAAGGAAAGAUAUCGACGCUCCUUACACACCGCCUGUCAAAGCUGGAGCCGGCGAUGCGAGUCAGUUCGACAGAUACCCAGAAGAGACGGAGAAAUACGGCGUACCAGGCCAUGAUGAAUACGGGCACUUCUUUACCGAAUUCUGA